UUUGCGUAGGAGCGGCUGAGAAUAUGACCCAGUGGAACUAACAGAACGGGCCUGUGCUCAUGCGCGCUCUGCAGAGGACGUUGUUACCAUCUUAUCUCCAUUCACAUAAACAUUCAUAAAUAUCCAGCUGUGGACUUGAAUGUCACACAUCCUACAGGAGAAGAUGUCCUCCGGUGUUCUGCUCACUACCCUUUUUACCAUUUCUCUCGCUGUGGGCUGCGUACCUUGCCAUCAAAAAGACUGUGGGCUCCAAACAGAACGAAGGUUGGGUCAUACCAGCUGAAAGAGAAGACAUCCAGAUGGUGUGUGCUGGGAAAGAAUUUCGUUUGCCAGUGUACUCAACAUCCAGAAUGGUGACAUUUACACCCAGCUCUGAGGGACAAAAGCACAUCCUGCUGGAAAAUACCAUAGUAAAGGACCCGCGGUUUGAGUGGACCAGAGAUAAGAUGUUGGUCCUGAAAGAGGCGACUCACAGUGAUCAAGGACUUUAUGCAAUCAAACUGUCCUCUGGAUUCACCUACGAGACAGUUCGUCUGAUUGUUUCAGAAUGCAUUAAGUCUUACCACAGGCACUAUGGGGAGAGCUUUGAGCACAAUAUUCCUGAAAAUGGUUUCCUACUUGAGUUUUCUCCCCGGGGUGCUCCACCUGAGGCCAUGCCUGUUGUGCUUUGGAACCGAACAGACCCUCAAACCAGAGAAGCAGGGAGGGGUCGUCUGCUGCGAGGCGGGAAGGUCUGGGUGGCUGAGAAAGUGACACAGGCCGACCAAGGCAACUACACUGUGAUAGAUGUUCAAGGGAAGGUGCUGUCUCGCAGCAUUCUCACUGUCCGUGGGCACUCCUUCAAUGUCACCCGCUUCACCAAGGAGUCUCUAAACCUGCCCCUCUUUCUUCCCAUUCCUCACGCCCAUCUAAUUUUUACCCCCAUCCGACACCAUGAUGAAUCCUCCCUGGGCCCUUUUGACCCCAAGCACCCCCGUGGCCCUGUGCAGCUGAUGCGCGAGGGCCAAAUAACAGACCAUGACAUGCGGUACAGAGGCCUUAUCUCCCUGGGCAGGAAUGGUACCAUCAAUGAGGUUGUCAUAGCAAGACUGACAUCAAAACAUGACGGGGUGUAUGAAAUCAGAGAUGGGAGUGGUAACCUGGUGUCCUCUACCUUCUUACAGGUGAUCGAAAAGGGGGGCAGAUGGCGAGCACUCCUCAAGUCCAUCACUGUCCCCUCUGGCAUGUUUGUUUCACUGGCUGGUUUUAUCCUGUUCAUGAAGCGCUACCCGAACUGCAGCCUGUCGCAGAUCAUCGCUGGCCUCAGAGCAAACCGCACGCCACAAGCCAACCCUCCAAGGGUUAACAUCCAGAACUACAGCCAGCCCAGCCCUGAGCCCUCAGGCUACUACAGUCACUCUCAGCAGCUUGGAACACCAAGAAAAUGGACCCCGAGAGCCAGUCCUACUCAUACUGGUUACAGUCCGGUGAUAGUAGGAACACCAAGAGCUGAGAACCAGGAAGCACACAGACUGGCAGCUGGAGGCUCCCCUGGUCAUACUUUAGCCACAGAGCUUGACACAUCUAAUGAGGAGGAGAAAAAGAUUUCCUUUUUUGUGCCUGGGGCUUCAGAUUGCCUCCACUCCUCUGUGGACUGUGUUCAAUUCCAGAUCAGUAAAGAUGGAGAUAAAGAAAGUUUGAGAAAAUCACAAGAAUACUUUUCCACACUGCCGCUAGACUCGGACACCUCUGAAUCCUGCAGUGUUUACACAUCAGAGAAACUGAACUUCUUACAACACUGAGUACUGAGCUGAUAUAAGGAAGAGGAAACAUGAGAAGUGUAUCCUCAGGUGGAGUGAAGCUGAUGUGAAGAGAAAGACCUUGUGCCUUUUGCAUCCCAACCUAGUUUUUAUGGUUCUAUAUCAAUAUUGCAUGUAAUUUCUUCAUAUAACUUUUCUGAUGCAUGAAUUGAGCAUUAGCCUUCCUGUCUCAAAUUACCCAUUUGUUGAUACUGGCUCAUGGCCUCCUACUGUUACCUACCUCCAAAUCCUCAGGACUGAUAUGAUCUGCACUGUAUUUGCUGAGUGUCUGUACAUGUGUGUUUGUGUGUGUAGUGUCUCUAACCUCUAGGGCUAUGUAGUAAUUAGAGUUGUGAUUCAAAGGUUUGCAAAAAGGAAUUUAUGAGUACUGUACAGUAAUAUAGAGUUAGCUGAAGUGUUUUUCUCCAUUGACCUCAUUGAUCAUUCCUGACUGCAACAAUAAUUAAUUAUCAUGUUAUAUGUCUGUUCUGCAAUUUAAUGAAAUUUGCAAUCACAUAGGCUAGUGUAUUAACCUUUUAAGGUAACUGUAGUAAUAAUUAAAUGAAAUGUAACAUUUCACCAGAUACAUAGCAAUAGCCUAUUAAUCUUUGAACUUUGUGUACAGGAUAAUAUCACCAAAUCUUUCUAGUGAGAAAAAAGGUUGGACUGCUGUUUGUGAUUCAUUAAUUCA